AUGGCUGCUACAAUGACAAACGGCGACGCGUCGCACGCGCCUAUCGAAGUCUCCUUCCCGCUACCAAAGGCACCGCAUACGAACAUCCAUCUCCAGCUUACCAACAACGGCCCGAACCUGGUACUCUUCCUCACCACCGCCACGCCCGACUCGGCUUCUUCCGCACCGCUGGGCUCUUUCGUGUAUGCUAUGCCAAAUAGAGCUUCACCAAAUGAGACCUUGAGCACCCCCCUCUAUACGCACGGCGGAACGCUCGACUUUACGACCCGCUUAUCGAAGGUACUCGCGCGCAAGGCGGGAAAACCAGUAUAUGUGGGCAAUUCGACAAGCUUUGCAAGUGCGGGUAUGGGAGGGACGGUUGAGGAAGAGAUGGAGGGGUUUCGAAGGGUCGUAGAGGUCGUCAUGGGCUUGUUGGAGAAGGAGAAAGCACCAAGUGCAUGA